GCUCGUGUGUGCAUCAUGACUCUGAGUGGCAGCCGCAUGCGGGCGUGAGGUGGCCUCAAAGCCGUCCUCUUGGUCUCGGGGUCAGUCCGUCAGGGCCAGGAGACAAUGGUCGGAGGUGGAUUUCAUCUGGAUUUUCUCCACUCAAAAGGUUCUGCCCAUGCAAGCCAUUUACACGUUUUAAUCUUUGGUUUGAUUUUUGUUUCUUACUACACUCAUGUUCAAGCUUCAACUUCAGUGAGCUGCAGGUCACCAAACAUUUCUUCCAAAUAUCAGCACUGUGGGAUUCACCCAGAUGGAGUUCAUGAUUUAGAUUGUUUUGGGAAACAUAAACCAAGUGGGAUGAAAAAGUGUGUUUGGAAACCUGGAAAGCACCCGUCAGAAAAGACCUACACACUCAUCAUACAACAACAGCUGAAACGCGGAAUAUAUUGCAAUGUUUACGACAACAUCACUGAAUUCUCUGAAAAUAUCAAAUUAUAUGAAAAUUACAACAUGGUCGCGGAGGUUUUUGAAAACAGCCAACAGUCAACAAAUUGCACAAAAGCAGUUUUCGAUGGUUCACCAAAGAGCUUGUUGCGAUGUGGUCCGCCAUAUAAGGUGUCCUUCAGCCGCCACUCCGGAAGACUGGUUGUGAAUGUGAGCUGGCCACAGGAGGACCUCAAAUUUAUUAAAUAUUACUUCGUAAGCUAUAACGCACUGGGCAGCAUGUCGUGGAACAAGUCCGUGCGAUCCCAAAAUGCAACAACAUGUACACUGGACAACCUGAACUCCUCGCUGGGCUACACCGCACGGAUACAGUGCGUCACCAGUGAUAAGUGUCCACAGUGUGCAGUGAGUGAAGCCUACACUGUCAGACCAGAACUGACCACGCGGCCGCUCAUUGUCAAGUUCGAAGAAACUGACAUUCGGGGAAGGAAAGGCUUCCGGCUGCUUUCUUUAACCUGGAAGUUUUCCGGCAAAGAGCCUCACGACGGCUACGAUGUGAGCGUUGGGAAAGCGUCCGGAGAGGCUCCGUGUGAGCGGAUCAGCACCACGCAGCCGGAGAUCAGACUGAUCCUCUCCUAUUCCGCUUACCAUCUCAACAUCAGGGCUGUGAACAACGUCAGCACCUCCCCAGCUGUGAGCCGGGCAAUACCACGGCGAGAAGAUGUGCACGGUAUGGGAGAUGGGAAGAUGAACGUGACGGUCCACAGCAACACAUCUUUUACUGUCUACUGGAGAGACAAUCUCAUCAGACACUACGUCUGCUAUUCUGUGGAGUGGAUGAAGAAGGGACAGGAAGCGACGCACAUGUCCUUUUAUCAGAACACACACAACUAUCGGACUUUAUCUCUUUUACGAGAGCCUUUGGAGCCUUACAAGAGAUACAGCAUCACUCUGCACACACGGCAGAACAAGGACACCUGCAACAUGAAGCACGUGAACAACAGCGAGAGCACCUACGGGAGAACACAGUUCUAUUCCACUGAAGGAUCUCCCGUCAGCGCUCCCACAAACAUCAGCAGCUCCAAUGUGACUCUGCAUUCAGUGGUGCUGCAGUGGUCGUCCAUCCCGGAGGAAGACAUCAGAGGUUUCCUCCUGGGUUACACCAUCUACUACAACGAGUACCACCACGGAAGGUCAAGUACCGAGAGAAACAUCACAGUGGAUCCAAUGAGAAACCGCUAUGAGCUGGGGCACCUCAAAGGCGGCACAGUGUACGAGUUCCAGAUGUCAGGCUUCAACCGGGCGGGAGCCGGAGUUCGAAGCAUAGCAAGCCUAUUUAAAACUAAUGAUCAAGGGUUUUCUAAUCUCACUGGCUUUAUCAUAAUCUCUGCAGCUGUGGCCACGGUGCUGAUAUUUGCACAUCCUAUAAUAAAAAGAGCCAAAGUGAUGCUGUGGCCGAGCAUACCGAACCCAGGAAAGAGCAAUGCGAUGCAGAACAUAGAAGAGCCCUGUGAACUGGAGCUAAUGGAGUCCCUCAACACUCCGAGGGUGGAAGAAUGGGACACAAGCAGCCUUCAGGUCGUCGAGAAAGAAGACGCGACGCCUUCCAGCGCUUCGCCAUCCACGUUACCGCUUCUCGGCGCGUCAGAGGAGGACUCGCCAGAAACGACUCGGAACAGGAUCCAACGAGACCCAGAGGAUGCGACUGGAGAUAUCCCACCCUACAGCACCGAGGAAACAUUCUCGGACAUCCAACGGACGGACAACCAGAGUUGCCCUUUGGCGUUUUCAGGCGGCUACACAACAUUGGAUAUGUUUCAGCAGGCGAAUACAUCCGUCGCUCAAACCACGGAAAGCAAACCAGAGGAGCCAGACUCGACUGUGGUGAAAUCAGGAUUGGACUACGUCGGGCAAUACGGCACCAGUCCGAUAUUGGACAGCAAGAUGUCCACAAUUUUGUGAAAACUGUUUCGGAACGGGACUGCAGACCACGGAGGGCCACAAGGACCAGCGUCCAUACGUGUUUAGAUUGUAACCAUUAGGGGCUGUCCACGGAGAGGGGCCAAUGCAAUAUUUGAGUGGUUUUAGGGAAUGCACCGGUGCAGCAACACGUUUGGGACAGAAUCAGUAACACGGAGCACUGAAACGCCUCUUCUUCCACAUUACGACUUUAAAAACACACAGCUGAAGAACUAAGAACAACUUGGCGACCUGGCAAAUGGGACCAUUCGAGACGGGUCCCUUCUAUGAAGGCGUGCACAAUACCAGAGGAUCACCAAAGUAGGAUUCAUCCUCUGAGGACCAUGAACAGGUGUACAAUCCACCAACCGACCUACUUACGGCUCACUGAAGUCCACGGUAAAUCCCCUCUUGGUCAAGUUACAGCAUUUAAACCCAAGAGGAAACCCCCCCCCCCCAAAAAAAGGUGGCGAUCGUACUUGGUAUUGACACGACAACACAAGUGAAUGAAAAGUCUCUUUAUUGAGUGUUUUUUCAGAAACAGAGCAGAUGUAUCGCUAUGGUUUCAAACAAAGGAGGACCACUUUCACACAUCCAAGUUCUUCAAAAAACCUUUACAUCAAGUCCAAAGCAGACUUUCUCCCGGAGGAAACCAUCAAAUCGUUUCUACUGUACGUCGUGGAUACAUGGAUAUAAAAAACUAAAUUGGUGGUGUC